AUGGCGCUGGAUGGAGGGCUAUAUAUUGCGUCGCACGUAGGGCUGCUGACCCCACUCACUCUGCUCGCCGAGAUGAAGGUCACGUCUGCCAUCUUCCUCAGCGCUGCUGCUCUGUUCCACGCUGCUUGUGCGGUCCCACUCGGCGAGAUCGACGGUCAGCUCUCUGGACGCGCCAGUAAGGUGUACGUUGUGACGGACGACAUCGUGGAACGCACCGGCAAUGAUGUAGACUCUCCAUCUCAGGUUACGAAAAACCUCGAUAAGCGUGGCAGCGACCUUUACACCGUCACCGAUGACGUGGUAAACGCGAUGGCGGAAUCGUGGCCUAUAACAACUCGACGAAAGCCUUUAACGAAGACCUAUGUUCACAAGAAUCCAAGCUAUAUCGGGGAGCAUGGUCCGAUGAUGGCAGCCGUAGACUCGAUGGGUCGUUGA